CAACUUCACAUUCCGUGACGUUGGAUUUAAACGCGUCAUAGUUUAGAAGCUUGUGAUUGGACGCUGUUCGAGUUUAAGCCCCGCCCCCUUGAUCCCCCUUGUAUUCUGUGGGAAUCCCCGUGACCGUCCCACACAACGUGCUCCGCGUUUUCCUCAAUAAUAUUUUGACUUUUGAGCCGUUUUACCUCACCAACCACACGCUCACCAGUGACUCACCUCGACCGCAGCGGGACUCUUAAGUCCUCCCAGCACGCCUGCAGCUCGUCUCUUCCGCGCUUCAGCUGGAAACGGAGCGAUGGAGGAGCAGAGCCUGGAAAACCUGACUCUGAGUCAGCCCCUGCCCCUGAGCCAGGACUCAUUCAGACAGCUGUGGGAGAAUGUAGUCAGUUCCUCCAUCUCCAUGCCAACGGACAACCCUCAGGAAACAUGGCAGACAGGGGGGCUCCUGCUGUUGAAUGAGCAGCCUUUUCCAGAGGAGUUCGAUGAAAACCUCUUCAACCUCCCGGAUAUGUCCAGCAAGGACGGCAUUACACCCCCAGCCUCCACUGUCCCGGUUACAAGCGACUAUCCUGGAGAUUACGACUUCCGGCUUCAAUUUCAAAAGUCUGGCACAGCCAAGUCUGUGACCUCGACUUAUUCAGAGAUCCUGAACAAGCUCUACUGCCAGCUUGAUAAAACAAACCCAGUGGAGAUCCUGGUCAGCAAAGAGCUUCCAGUGGGAGCCGUCCUGAGGGCCACAGCCGUCUACAAGAAGACAGAGCACGUGGCAGAGGUGGUCCGAAGAUGUCCUCACCACCAGAACGAGGAAGGAACUGCUGAAAAUCGCAGCCAUCUGAUCAGAGUGGAGGGCAGCGAGAGAGCACAAUACUACGAGGACCUCCACACAAAGAGGCAGAGUGUGACCGUCCCCUACGAGCCCCCACAGUUGGGCUCAGAGAUGACGACCAUCCUGUUGAAGUUUAUGUGCAACAGCUCCUGCAUGGGGGGCAUGAACCGCAGACCAAUCCUCACCAUCCUGACCCUGGAGACCCCAGAGGGGCAUGUUCUAGGUCGGAGGUGCUUCGAGGUGCGUGUCUGCGCAUGUCCAGGCAGGGACAGAAAAACGGAGGAGGAUAACAAUAAUAAAUCAAAGACUGACACCAAACCAACAAAGAAAAGAAAGAGCGUUCCUGUUAUGGAACAGACUUCUGUGAAGAAGUCGAAGUCUGCAUCAAGCGGGGAAGAGGACGACAAAGAGAUUUUUGUCCUGCAUGUCCGUGGACGAGAGCGCUACGAGAUGCUGAAGAAAAUAAACGACGGGCAAGAGCUACUUGAGAAAGAAAACAGAUCCAAGAAGUCGUCCAUCAAAGCGCCGCUCCCUCUCCCUCUCCCUUCUAGCGGCAAGAGGCUGCUGCGGAAAGAAGAGAGGAGCGAGAGCGAUUAAGAAGCCUUUCUAUGCCUUAAAUCAUGCAAACAACCCCCCCCCUCCCCUAACCCCCAAACAUCAGGUUAAGUUCUUCUUUUUCUUUACUGAGAAGUCACUUGUAGGACUUUAAGGUCUGGUAACUGCAUGCUUGAAACAUGAUAUCACGUGGGAGGAGGGUGGGAAUCACUCAGUGUUAAUCUAGGCAGGGGGGUUCCUUCCAGUUUGGACUAUUCCACAUAUGAACAUAUGUCUGCCAUGUCUCUGUAUUAUGCAUUACUGUUAGUCUGAUGUAACCAAUGAGAACUGAAGAGUCCCUUGUUCUUUCGGUGACGUUUCUGUUUUUUAUAUUUGUCCAAUAAAGUGAUCAUGAUUUUAAUCUGGCGAAUCUGAGCCGUCCAAUCAGACACCAGAAUUAAAAUAAUUAAGAAAGA